CUUCAUCGACUGAUUGCGGUGGACUGGAUCAUGCGACAAACAGUAACGAGUGAGAAGAAGGGGACACGCUGGCUGGACAGGGGAAAGGAGCCUAGGAGAUUUCGAUUUCGCCACCGACAAUGAUUUAUGUCCAACGUCUUGUCACACAAACUUGAAGAUGUACAGGAGAAAACUAGCAGGUUGACAGAAGAGGUAGGGUAGCGAAGAUGACACUUCAUUCAGGUGAAUGUAGAGAAGACAGAGGUGAUGUGAUGAAGAUAUCCAACCGACAACCACAACAACAACAACAACAAGAAGCUCCAAUCACCAUCAACGUGAGAAACAUAAGGGAAGUAGUCUAUUUCACCUACCUAGACUGGGCAGCAUCGUUUCAACUACAGGUGAUGGCACAUACGAGGAUGUCAAUGCAAUCAGGAUGGGAAACACAGCAAUACAGACAGGCGUUGAUUAUCCUGAAACCAGUGUGGAGAUCUUCUACACUCAGCAUGAGGUGUGAACAACAUCCAGAUCCUGAACACUAAUGCCAGUCGAGUCAGUGCUUGUGUGUGAUGUUUCAGAUACUUGGCGUGUUACGGAGGGGAUAUGCAACAAACUAC